AGUUUUAAAUGUAUGAAGCAAUAUUACAGUGUAUUUCAAUAAUAAAAAGCAGAGAUUUUGAAGGAAAGCAGAUAAUGGCAGCGGCAGUGGCAGCCAUGGGAAGGGGAGCUCCUAAGCUCUGCUACUCAUACUCCUCUCAUCACCAGCUAUUGUUAAAGCCCGCAAAAAAGAAGCUUAUGAAUUCCCCAAAGUUCUACCAUCUCAAAACCCCAAAUCUCUCAUCAAAUGCAAAGCUGAAAGGACCCUCUCCUAUCCACGCUUCCAAUCCUCCAAUGGAAGAAGAAGAAGAAGAAACUUCGAGCAUACAAAACACCAACAGCAUCUCUCAGGAGGACUUGAACUAUUUGUGGAAACUAGGAGCUGGUUCUCUUGCUGGUGCAGCUCUGAUCAAAUAUGGAAGCAUCCUUUUUCCUGAGAUAACAAGACCCAACAUCCUCCUAGCUUUGAUUAUGGUAUCAACUCCUGUAAUUCUAGCCAUUCUGGUUUUGCUCAGGCAAAGUCGUAAAAGGUGAAAGAUUGUCUUGUGUUUUGGUAAACAGAACGUAGCCUGUAGUGCUACACAUUUUGGACAUUUGUAGAUUGUUUUAAGUUUGAUAUUCUUCAUUCAUAAGGGGAAAGUUUUGUAAAUACGUUCCUCCAGAAAGAGAUUGGAACCAGUAAUUGCCAAUGCCAAGAGGAAGUCAAUUGAUUGUGAGAUUUCAUUA